AGAAGACAGAUUUCCUCAUUCUGAAGGAGAUCUGAAGAAAAGCAACAUUUGUAGCCACUAUGUGGACUAUGGUAGCCUCCGUAUUGUGUCUGAUGACCUCUCUUACUCACACUGAAGAGACCUGCCCAGAUGUAAAACUUGUUGGAAUUGAAGGCUCUGACAAGUUGGCUAUACUUCGUGGAUGUCCUGGGUUGCCUGGACCUCCAGGCCAGAAAGGUGAACCUGGUGCUCCCUCAGAGAAAGGGCCAAAGGGAGAACAUGGGAAAGCUGGACCUGCCGGGUCGCCAGGGGUAGAUGGUGUUCCAGGAGCUAACGGGCAAAAAGGAGAGAAAGGAGACAAGGGCACUCCAGACCGAGGCUAUGCUGCACGGAACUGCAAAGAACUGCUCAACUUGGGCACUAUCUUCAGUGGCUGGUACACCAUAUAUCCUGACGGAGAGAAAUCACUAACCGUUUUCUGUGACAUGGAUACAGAAGGAGGAGGAUGGAUCGUAUUCCAGAGGCGAUAUGAUGGCACAGUGAAUUUUUUUAGAGACUGGAAGGACUACAAGAGAGGGUUUGGCAAUCAGCUGAGUGAAUUCUGGCUGGGAAAUGAUAAUAUCCAUCUGCUGACAUCAUCUGGAACACAUGAGUUUCGGGUUGACCUGACUGAUUAUGAAAAUAAUUUCAGUUUUGCUGCCUAUGCUUCAUUUGCCAUUUUGGGAGAAGAGGACAAUUACCAGCUGAAGAUCGGAGCUUUUACUGGAGGCAGUGCAGGUGACUCUCUUGGAUACCAUAACAAUCGUCCCUUUACUACAAAAGACAAGGACAAUGAUGAAUAUGGCACCAACUGUGCAGCAGAUUGUAAGGGUGCUUGGUGGUAUGGAAAAUGCCAUAACUCCAACCUGAAUGGUCUGUAUUUGAGGGGAGCACAUGAGAGUUAUGCAAAUGGAGUUAUUUGGGAAUCCGGUAAGGGACAAAAUUAUUCUUAUAAAAUCACAGAAAUGAAGUUCAGACCCGUGUAACCUGCAAUAUCUGAAGAAAGACUUCUUGUCCAACAAACCAUUCUGAUGUUUCAUUUUAUUGUCCUGAUGUUGUAUAGGAGAUUUAAAUAAAGAUUUUGAUUGGCUGCUAUGGAUCAACAAUUAUUUCUGCAGGAACUUUAAUAAAUAAGACUGUUUUAUAAAGUGUCUGCUUUGUUUGUUGGCCCUGCUGAGCCCAAUACACCUCCAUUAAAGAAGAAAGUUGUAAUUGAUAAGCUUGUUUGUUUCAAUAAUAAUAAAAAAAAAAACUGGCGAAACAA